GUGCAGCUUGAGCACUGCUGCUGUCUGUGAUGCCCUCCCAUGACGCCCAGGUUGGUAGCUGACACUGCCAGUGAGCGGGAGACGCCACUGCACAACCGGUCCUGGGCCUGCGCCGUCAGCCGGUUCUCGCCCUCCCUCUCGCACGCUGGAGACUCCACCUCCUCUCACCUAUCAGGAUCCACAACCAUCAGCUACAACACGCCUCAGUAAGGUGAUAAUCAGCAAGUUGACGUCCUCAGCCACCAGCAGCAGAGACAGCCAAAAACCGCAAAGUCGUCAACUCAGUCAGCAACACCAGCACCAACAUCAUCAACACCACCAACAACAGCCAUCAUGUCCAGUCGCAGAAAGUCAUCCACCCCUUGCAUGGUCCGGGUCAUCAACGACCUGCCCAGUGACCAAGACGAGAAAGAGGAGGCGAUGGACAUGGAAACACUGGCAGACAGCAUUGUGACAGAAAAAGAACAGCCAGGUUCAUCCGAGUCUACAGAAGAGACUCAGCAGUCUAGUCCGGGCAAUGCAGACGAACUGAAACUUCCAAAACCGUCUGAAAAACAGAGUCAUGAGCCGUUAGAACAAGAAGAGCAGUCCACCAAUGGGGAUCAACCCCCCGUCAUUGUGGAUGUAGAAGGAAGAGGGGUGAAAACCAAGGAAGGAACACAAUCUGAACAGGCCUCGCAGAAAAAGCAGCCGAGAGGCUACGAGUGCAAAUACUGCCCAUUUCUGACUCAGAACCUGAACGACUUCAAGGAGCACGUGGACUCCAGCCACCCGAACGUCAUUCUGAACCCGCUGUACUUCUGUGCUGUGUGCAACUUCAACACCAAGAAGUUUGACUCGCUCACAGAGCACAAUGAGAGCCAGCACCCAGGCGAAGUCAACUUCAAAUUCAAGAGAAUAAAAAUGAACAAUCAGACUAUCUUAGAGCAGACAAUCGAAGGCAAAGACAAUUCAGCCGAAUGCGAAGCGACAAAUGAACAAGGUGAAACCAACAAUAACUCUGUGUUCUCACCUUGCAUAUCUACCACGAUAAAAAAACCCUGUAACGUACAAUCGCUCUUUGGAGGGACUGAACUGAAAGGCCCGCUGAAUGGUUUGAUCCAGAAAGAUCAGAUUACAGCGGUAAACAUCAAUGGAACAGUCAUCAUCCCAGAACCCACCAUCCUCCAAGGGCUCUCCCAUGUCACCCCAAUGCUCCAGCGCCCACCCAACUUUAAUUCAGUACCAAAAAUAGCGGUUCCCCUGAACACCACCAAAUAUAAUCCCUCUUUAGACGACAACCUUACCCUGAUCACCUCUUUUAAUAAGUUUCCUUACCCGACGCACGCCGAGCUGUCGUGGCUUACAGCUGCCUCCAAGCACCCAGAAGAACAGAUUAAGGUCUGGUUCACCACCCAGCGCCUGAAACAAGGCAUCACCUGGUCCCCAGAGGAGGUAGAGGAAGCCAGGAAGAAGAUGUUUAACGGCUCCAUCCCUCCAACCCAUCACACAUUCACCGUCCUGCCUACAAGCCCGGUCUCGCAAUCCUCAGCCAAAGCCUCCAAGCACCCUGUAGUCCACACGACAGUGGAGCAUCCAGGUCGUGUCCGUUCAACAGCGUCCAAUGGACUGAUCGCUGUCAGCUCCACAAACUGCGGGGUGACGGUGGGCUCCAGCAGCUCCCUAAAACGAUCCGUGCCAACACACCUGACAUCAGUGUUCGGCCCAGAGUCAAAGCGCCCAAUCAUGGCAGUCGCGCCCCAUUCCGGUGACCCUAAAGAUAAGCUUCUAAUGGCUCCUCCUCCACCUCCCCCUCCCCUGAAAGACCGCCUUCCAAUGGCUCCACCCCCAGUUCCCGUUGAGAUGAAAAGACCUGUAGCCGCUCAGCUGGUCAGCGCGGAAAUGAAAAGGUCAUCUGUUGCCGUGCCUUUAAUGCCACCACCCUCGUCGUCAUCGCCAUCUUUGUCGUCCAAAGGGAAAAUCCUGUCCGCAACAGGAAACCCCAAAACAAAGCCGGUGGUGUCUCUGCCCUCCAUUGUCUUUCCAGAAUCCUUAACGAGGCCCAUGAUAGCUCCCCCACCUAUCUUUGCUCCUCCGUUUAAAAAUUCUUUACUAGUCCCUCGUACGACUCACGGCGUUCCCAAAGAGAAGCAAGCCAAUGCCCUCUCAUUGCCGGCCUCGGAUUCAAACCUGCCGAACUCUCCACCACUUAUCAACUCACAGGUUAGGAGGCCACCCAUCAUCCAGUCUGUUCGCACUCCAGCUAAAACCCUUUCCCAGAUUCAGGGAUUCCUUCUGGACGGAAAGAUUUUAAAGGAGCAGCAUGGAAUGGAGCUGAAAGCCGGCUACCCAAAGGGGGACAAGGUCGUAACUCCCCUAGCAGAGGCCAAUGGGACAUCUCGUACGGAUGGCAAAUGGUCCCAAGAUCAGAGCUCCGGUCACAAUAACGGUAUCAUAAACCUUGAUGGAGGGGAGGCACCAACAGUCCAGAAAUCAGACUUUCCACACAAGCCCUCUGUGCUCACUCAGUUCCCGUUGCUGGAAAGGAUGAAAGGCAAAACAGCGAAACAGCUCAAAAUCCUAGAGGAGAACUUUUUGCGGAACAGCUUUCCCACACACGGCGACGUGGACAAUCUGUCAGUUUCUUCCGGCCUGUCUCAUCAGGAAAUCGACAGCUGGUUCGUGGAGCGCCGGGCGCUGCGGGACAACCUGGAACAAGCCCUCCUCAACUCUAUGGGCACCAAGAGGGUGGGCAUCGGUGGCAUUGCCGGCGUCCCUGAGAAACCACCGCAUCAGCAGCCACAGCAGCACCAAACCCUACAGCUGAACGGGAUUCACAAAACAAGCACCAGUGUGGGUAAUCUCAAAAGUCCUCUUCCACCUUUGCAUGUCCUUUCCCUUCUUGCUCCCAGCGCUGUUGCGCCCUCCAUCCCCAACUCAAACUCCUGCUCAGUGCCUCCAGACAGCCGAUCCCUGGCGCUCCUCAAGGACGAUUUUGCUCAAACGCGGUGGCCUUCCCCUGAGGAGUUAAGCCAGCUGGAAGGUCGAACAGGACUGGCGCGCUGGUUCACCGACACCCGGCAGGGCAGCAGCAUGGACCUGAAAGAACUUUUUCACAACAAUGGAAUGAACGGAGGCCAGGGGCAACCUGCGCGUUCCCCCGACAUCGCACCUUCCAACGUCAUCCAGCGCUGCCAGGAAGGAGCUGUGACAAACACCAGCAGUAAGGUGUUGGAACUGGAGUUCGGCUGGCUGAUGGAGCAGCGUUCCAACAGCCUGAGCAGUCAACAGCACGCUGAGCUCCAAGAACGGUUUGCUGGCAGACUGAGGCAGCAGAGCGCGGCGGAGCUGAAGAACGGGGGGCAGAACGGAGGCGCGCGGGAGGUGUUCGGGAGCUGGCUGGACGACGGACAUCUGAGGAGAGGACCGGAGCUGCUCCUGGACCGGGAGAGGAAGAUGGCGGAGGACGCGUCAGGACGUCUGACUGGAUAAACGGUGCGAAUAGGAUUUGCCGCCAUCGUCACCGUCGCUGCUGCUGGAAAACAUACAGGAGGAAAGAAAAUGAAGAAUGGAACAACAAGAAAAGAAGAGUUUUUUAAUUAACAGAUAUUGUAUUUUUUUUUUUCCUCUCUUUUUUUUACCAAUUUUUAUCUAUUGAUUGUCGCAUCCAAGGUCACGCACAGCAUCCUCGCCCGUCAUGUUGUCGGUAAUCUUGUCAGCGUUCGCGGCACGAGGCAGCCCCUGCUUAGAUGUGAGGCACGCAACAAAAGGAUGAGUUUAACUAAGAAAAGGCCUCGGAGGUGACAGGUUUUUCUCUUUUUGGAGCGGAGCAAACACGCACCCACGUUGAAAUCCGACGAGCACAAAGAGAAAUUCGGGGCUAGGGCCUCUCAGAUAAUUACAGCUUGGCUCCCUUGCAGACGAUUUUUUGGGAUUUCUGCGUCGGCUCUCGCGGCGACGCGAGUUUUAAAGCAGUUUCCGAGCAAAAAGUAGCUGCGAGGCGUCAGCCGCGUGUGCGGAGGCUCGGCUCGGCCCGAAAAACACCAGCACAGAUGUGGCUCAGAAAUGAGCCGAUUUGUAAAUUGCUGUAAACAAUCUUAGCGAUCACCUCCGUUGUGCUGACACCUCCGUCUGAGGUGUUAAACGCUUUACUGUAGAAGUGCUUUACUUUAAAAAACUCUCAAACUCCCAUGAAAAUCUCAGUCUCAUAUACCUUUCUCUGGGUGGUAAUAGUUCUUGAUAGCUUUGAUUUCAUAAGGCCAAACGCAAAAAGUCUAAAAAUGUCCUUAAACCACCUCCAUUCACCUUUCUCAAGUAAAUUAGACUCUGAUCUCUUCUGUCGGUGACUAUAGAUUGUUGUUAAAUAUGUGUAGCCCCUAAACUGAGCCUUAAAUUGAUACUUUACAUUUUUCUACCUACCGAGUGAUUUUGCACUGCAUGGCGCGUGCGUCUGCGAUCGUCCCAAAAAAUUGAGUUUGAUGAGUCAUCUCCCAGCUUUUGUGGCUCCAAUCACGCCACAAAACCCUUCUUCUCUCUUCUGUUAGAGAAACCCCAAAAGGCCUUUAACCCAAAAGCUCCAUCGACUCCAUUUUGUCCUCAAAAUAAAGACUUUUGUAACUCAAACUUUUAAUUUUAGACGUGGAAAAAAGCCACUUGUAAAUUGGAUCUUGUUGGAUUUUCUCUCUGAAGUGUUGAAAUGCCUGCCUUUCCCUUCAAUCAGAGGCUCUCCGAGUCUCCCAAAGUGCAUUCUUACGAGCAUCCCUGCACCACACCAGUUGGACAGCGUGUUAACUCUCAGUCACUUUAAACGAAAAUGGUGCAUUUACAUUCCCUGUUUGUAUCAGCAUUUGCUAUUUGCACAUGAAAACGUCUCCAAACGUUAGCGAUUCCUUAAUCCCCCCCCAAAACCGGCGAGGUUCAUUCGCUCGGCUCGCCCGGUUGGACCCAAACAUGGCGCCUUCCUUCUCUCCCUUUGAGAACUCCAGCGGCUCCUUUCGGCGGCUGUCUAAAAAGCGGUUUUGACAUCUUUCUAAACUUCUUCCACUAAAGGAAUGAGGGCUCAUGCCCGAACAACCCGCAUCCCUUUACGUUUGCGGUAGAGCUAAACGAUCAUCCGCACUUUACUGUAUAAGCCUCUUAAAAAAGCCCCUCAGUCCUGGAAUUUCUUUCCUUGAAGUCGUUUGGGAAUUAUCGGCGAGGAGGGGAUUAGCGGGUCGUGAACUCGAGCGACGGAUGAAACACCUGACGUGUCUGAGGUGAUGUUGUGUGUGACCUGCGUUGCCAUGGAGAUCUGAGGAUGGGGAGAGAGGCGAGCCGGAGUACUGAAUGUGUGCCUGCAGCAGUAGCGUGACUGUACACACCGACCGAUCAACAGACAGGGUGGAUUCAAAACAAACAAACAAACAAGAAUAAAAAAAUCAACAACAACAACAACAACGCCGAGUGCCAAAGCUGGGAUCUGCUGCAUUCUCACUACACUUUUGAAAAAAAGGGUUCUUCUUCUUCUUGUAAAUAGGAUAUAUAUGUUUGUUUUGUUUUCCUGUAUUGAUACAGAUUUGUAAAAUUUUGCGGAAAAAUUUUGUUACAUUUUGUAAAAUGGGAGCAAUUCGUCCCCCCUCCCCCAGAACCCUCCUUUUUUCCCCCUUUUUUUUUCUUUCUAUUUUUAAACUCUCUCUCGGCUCGUUUACCAUUUAUUUUUUUGUUUGUUUGUUUGUUUGUUUGAUUUUUGUUGACGGACUUUUAAACAAACAUGGUGCCAGCAGUGGUAUGCCUGCGCGUGCAGCAUAUUGUUUUCUUUCUUAUCCCAUCUCUCCUUCUCCUCUUUUUGUACUGAACCUGAGUGGAACCACUACAAAAAAAGAAAAAAGAAAAAAACAGACCAUUUGGCAAUACUUCAGUCACUUCUUCUUCAACUAACCGGCACUGGACUUCCGCCCGCCACUUCCCUGCUGAGAGGAGAGGAGAGGUGGAAGGAGGGAGGAAGAGGGGGGACUUCGCUUCACAUCAAAUCAGAUUUAAAGAAAAAACACACAUAAAAAGCACCUUUGGACAUUUUUUUUCUUUUUCUUUUCUUUUUUUUCUGUUUUUUUUUUACUGUGCUGAAGUGAAGUCAAGUGCUAUUAUUAUAUUAUUAUAUUAUUAUUAUUGUAGCCACUCUGUCUGGAACCCUUUUUUGAAGAAAACAAAAGGAAAAAAAAAACAAACAAAAAA